AUGGUGAGCGAAUACAUUGUUGCCAGUGGUGGAGAGCGCAAAACUCUGCUGGCGAAACUCCAGUCGGCCUCAAACUACGAAGAUUACGUUGCAAAAGCCAAAGAAAUGGAUAAACGGCUGGGACUUGACGAGUGGAAAAAUAAGGACCGCUCUGCCGGAUACGAUUGGCGCACUCUCCAACGACUCAAUAGAAACCUUAGACAUUUGCGCGCUGAAAGAAACUAUGAAGAGCUCAUGGUCGUGUUGCAGGGUUGUGUGAAAUCGAAUUUUGCCGGUGUCGAAAACCCCAUGCUCUACUCUCAAUGUUACUACGGCACAAAGAGACUCAUCGAGGAGUACAACUCCGAAGUUCUCAGCUCUAUCAACGCGAUUAUAGAUACUGAUAAAGUGGCUGCUGAUGAGAAACGGAUCUUCUUCAGAAUCAUCUCGAGGAACUACGGAAAGACUGCUCUGGCUCUGAGUGGUGGUGCGUCCUUCUGUUAUAACCAUUACGGAGUUCUAAAAGCAUUGUUGGAGAACGAUCUUUUACCAAAUAUCAUGAGUGGAACCUCUGGAGGAGGCAUCAUUGCUGCUCUGGCUUCCACAAGGACAAACAAGGAACUGCUCACUCUCCUGACUCCGAAAUUGGCUCAAAGAAUAAAUGCAGCAGACGGAAAGAAGUCUUGGGACUGGAUCAAGCAAUGGUGGACAACGGGUGCACUUUUUGACUCUGUCACUUUGGCACGCAAGGCCCAGUGGUGGACUCUUGGAUCCACAACUUUCCGUGAGUCUUUUGAAAGAACAGGGAAAAUCCUCAAUAUUCCAACCACUCCACAUGAACCUCACUCUCCAGAGAUCUUGUGCAACUACAUCACGUCUCCGAACUGUUGUAUAUGGUCUACGUUGCUGGCAUCGGCUGCUGUCCCUGGAGUGUUGAAACCAGUCGUUCUAAUGGAGAAAGAUCGAAAGACCCAUAAAAUUCGGCCCUUUUCGUUUGGUAGCAGAUGGCAAGACGGAUCGUUACGGACAGACAUUCCUCUUCAGUCGUUGAAUUCCUACUUCAAUGUGCAAUUCACUAUUGUGUCGCAGGUGAACCCCCAUGUCUUGCUGUGGUUUUACAAGAAUAGAGGAGACAUUGGUCGUCCUGUGCCACGUCCACGCGGGAAGAGCUAUCGUGGUGGUUUUCUACCGAGCUAUUUGGAGAACCUGAUCAAGCUGGAGAGCUUGAAAUGGCUGAAGAUGAUUAAGGAUUUCCAGAUUCUGCCAAACUUCCUGGACAGUGACUGGUCGAGCGUCUUCCUCCAGCGUUUUGACGGAACAAUUACCCUUUUCCCGAAAAUCAAAGUCAAGGAUUAUUUUAAUCUACUGGGAGAUCCAACCGAAGAGCAACUCGCACAGCUUAUUUCCAACGCAGAAUUGGUCACAUAUCCGAAAUUAUUAUUUAUCAAGCAUAGACUUGGUAUCGAGCGGGCCAUAGAGCGCGGCCGCAAGCUCAAUAAGAAUACCACAGCCGGGUUCAGCGAGAGCGAGUCCUCGACCGAGGAAGAACUGAAUAGCAGCGACUUAGACAGCGAGUAUGAGGAAGAGAUUUCUAUGGGCAUGAGACAACGAAGAUGA